AUGAGGCAUCGCGACCUCGGCCCAGAGCAAGAGAAAGAAGGGGAGUUUUCAGUCCAGAAGCAGUCAAAUAUAGCGAGCUCCGAGAAGGUGGAUACUGGAGACCAUAUACUGAUACAUCACACCAGAAAUACGGCACAGAAACAAUGGGCAGAGACGCAGGUACUGACCCUAUCCGGCGUGUCCCGGGUCUUCCACUCGAGGUUCCAGCUCCUCACCACGGUGGGAGACUUCACCAGGUCCUGGACAGCACUACUUGACUACAUCACUGACUUCGCUCUACGCCGGAGUCAUGAGGUGUCGGUGGGGGCGCUGAAGUCGUUCCAGGAGGUGGUGUCCGCUGCGGGGCGUGCCACGGACGUGGACCCUGCCCUGAUGGCGCGGGUGUGGGCCGCCGCGUGGGCUGCCUGGACCAACAUCGCCUCCGCCUCGCCCGCUGACCCACCGCCAUCAGAAGACGGCAAGCCUGUGGAGGUGUACGCGCCUUCCCUGAACUUCCUUACUACGCUCGUGCAGAUAUUCCCGCUCAUAUUCCAACAUAUACGACCUACGCAGGGCAUACCGCCACCGUAUGCUCCACCGUAUCCUCUAGGUGGUUCACAGCGGCGGACGUGUCCCGGCUGGGCGCGUGUCUGGCGCACGUGUGCAGCACGCGGCCCUCCGCCGCCGCCUCCGCGCUGGACUCCCUCUCCGCCGCCCCCGUCAGUCUACACGCGCUGCACUGCCUCGACAUCGUGCACAAGGUACCCCCCACCCCCCUCCGCGCUGGACUCCCUCUCCGCCGCCCCCGUCAGUCUACACGCGCUGCACUGCCUCGACAUCGUGCACAAGGUACCCCCCACCCCCCUCCGCGCUGGACUCCCUCUCCGCCGCCCCCGUCAGUCUACACGCGCUGCACUGCCUCGACAUCGUGCACAAGGUACCCCCCACCCCCCUCCGCGCUGGACUCCCUCUCCGCCGCCCCCGUCAGUCUACACGCGCUGCACUGCCUCGACAUCGUGCACAAGGUACCCCCCACCCCACUCCGCGCUGGACUCCCUCUCCGCCGCCCCCGUCAGUCUACACGCGCUGCACUGCCUCGACAUCGUGCACAAGGUACCCCCCACCCCCCUCCGCGCUGGACUCCCUCUCCGCCGCCCCCGUCAGUCUACACGCGCUGCACUGCCUCGACAUCGUGCACAAGGUACCCCCCACCCCCCUCCGCGCUGGACUCCCUCUCCGCCGCCCCCGUCAGUCUACACGCGCUGCACUGCCUCGACAUCGUGCACAAGGUACCCCCCACCCCCCUCCGCGCUGGACUCCCUCUCCGCCGCCCCCGUCAGUCUACACGCGCUGCACUGCCUCGACAUCGUGCACAAGGUACCCCCCACCCCCCUCCGCGCUGGACUCCCUCUCCGCCGCCCCCGUCAGUCUACACGCGCUGCACUGCCUCGACAUCGUGCACAAGGUACCCCCCACCCCCCUCCGCGCUGGACUCCCUCUCCGCCGCCCCCGUCAGUCUACACGCGCUGCACUGCCUCGACAUCGUGCACAAGGUACCCCCCACCCCCCUCCGCGCUGGACUCCCUCUCCGCCGCCCCCGUCAGUCUACACGCGCUGCACUGCCUCGACAUCGUGCACAAGGUACCCCCCACCCCCCCUCCGCGCUGGACUCCCUCUCCGCCGCCCCCGUCAGUCUACACGCGCUGCACUGCCUCGACAUCGUGCACAAGGUACCCCCCACCCCCCUCCGCGCUGGACUCCCUCUCCGCCGCCCCCGUCAGUCUACACGCGCUGCACUGCCUCGACAUCGUGCACAAGGUACCCCCCACCCCCCUCCGCGCUGGACUCCCUCUCCGCCGCCCCCGUCAGUCUACACGCGCUGCACUGCCUCGACAUCGUGCACAAGGUACCCCCCACCCCCCUCCGCGCUGGACUCCCUCUCCGCCGCCCCCGUCAGUCUACACGCGCUGCACUGCCUCGACAUCGUGCACAAGGUACCCCCCACCCCCCUCCGCGCUGGACUCCCUCUCCGCCGCCCCCGUCAGUCUACACGCGCUGCACUGCCUCGACAUCGUGCACAAGGUACCCCCCACCCCCCUCCGCGCUGGACUCCCUCUCCGCCGCCCCCGUCAGUCUACACGCGCUGCACUGCCUCGACAUCGUGCACAAGGUACCCCCCACCCCCCUCCGCGCUGGACUCCCUCUCCGCCGCCCCCGUCAGUCUACACGCGCUGCACUGCCUCGACAUCGUGCACAAGGUACCCCCCACCCCCCUCCGCGCUGGACUCCCUCUCCGCCGCCCCCGUCAGUCUACACGCGCUGCACUGCCUCGACAUCGUGCACAAGGUACCCCCCACCCCCCUCCGCGCUGGACUCCCUCUCCGCCGCCCCCGUCAGUCUACACGCGCUGCACUGCCUCGACAUCGUGCACAAGGUACCCCCCACCCCCCCUCCGCGCUGGACUCCCUCUCCGCCGCCCCCGUCAGUCUACACGCGCUGCACUGCCUCGACAUCGUGCACAAGGUACCCCCCACCCCCCUCCGCGCUGGACUCCCUCUCCGCCGCCCCCGUCAGUCUACACGCGCUGCACUGCCUCGACAUCGUGCACAAGGUACCCCCCACCCCCCUCCGCGCUGGACUCCCUCUCCGCCGCCCCCGUCAGUCUACACGCGCUGCACUGCCUCGACAUCGUGCACAAGGUACCCCCCACCCCCCUCCGCGCUGGACUCCCUCUCCGCCGCCCCCGUCAGUCUACACGCGCUGCACUGCCUCGACAUCGUGCACAAGGUACCCCCCACCCCCCUCCGCGCUGGACUCCCUCUCCGCCGCACCCGUCAGUCUACACGCGCUGCACUGCCUCGACAUCGUGCACAAGGUACCCCCCACCCCCCUCCGCGCUGGACUCCCUCUCCGCCGCACCCGUCAGUCUACACGCGCUGCACUGCCUCGACAUCGUGCACAAGGUACCCCCCACACCCCUCCGCGCUGGACUCCCUCUCCGCCGCACCCGUCAGUCUACACGCGCUGCACUGCCUCGACAUCGUGCACAAGGUACCCCCCACCCCCCUCCGCGCUGGACUCCCUCUCCGCCGCACCCGUCAGUCUACACGCGCUGCACUGCCUCGACAUCGUGCACAAGGUACCCCCCACCCCCCUCCGCGCUGGACUCCCUCUCCGCCGCACCCGUCAGUCUACACGCGCUGCACUGCCUCGACAUCGUGCACAAGGUACCCCCCACCCCCCUCCGCGCUGGACUCCCUCUCCGCCGCCCCCGUCAGUCUACACGCGCUGCACUGCCUCGACAUCGUGCACAAGGUACCCCCCACCCCCCUCCGCGCUGGACUCCCUCUCCGCCGCACCCGUCAGUCUACACGCGCUGCACUGCCUCGACAUCGUGCACAAGGUACCCCCCACCCCCCUCCGCGCUGGACUCCCUCUCCGCCGCCCCCGUCAGUCUACACGCGCUGCACUGCCUCGACAUCGUGCACAAGGUACCCCCCACCCCCCUCCGCGCUGGACUCCCUCUCCGCCGCCCCCGUCAGUCUACACGCGCUGCACUGCCUCGACAUCGUGCACAAGGUACCCCCCACCCCCCUCCGCGCUGGACUCCCUCUCCGCCGCCCCCGUCAGUCUACACGCGCUGCACUGCCUCGACAUCGUGCACAAGGUACCCCCCACCCCCCUCCGCGCUGGACUCCCUCUCCGCCGCCCCCGUCAGUCUACACGCGCUGCACUGCCUCGACAUCGUGCACAAGGUACCCCCCACCCCCCUCCGCGCUGGACUCCCUCUCCGCCGCCCCCGUCAGUCUACACGCGCUGCACUGCCUCGACAUCGUGCACAAGGUACCCCCCACCCCCCUCCGCGCUGGACUCCCUCUCCGCCGCCCCCGUCAGUCUACACGCGCUGCACUGCCUCGACAUCGUGCACAAGGUACCCCCCACCCCCCUCCGCGCUGGACUCCCUCUCCGCCGCCCCCGUCAGUCUACACGCGCUGCACUGCCUCGACAUCGUGCACAAGGUACCCCCCACCCCCCUCCGCGCUGGACUCCCUCUCCGCCGCCCCCGUCAGUCUACACGCGCUGCACUGCCUCGACAUCGUGCACAAGGUACCCCCCACCCCCCUCCGCGCUGGACUCCCUCUCCGCCGCACCCGUCAUCAUGAUCCCUAUAUGAUCCCUCUUCGCUCAAAGAAUUCUGCGAGUGAAGAGGCGCUGCAGCGACACGAGCUGCUGGUGGCGCUGUUCGCGGCGCUGACGGGGCUGGCGCGCAGCUGCGCGGGCCGGGGCUGCGGCGCCGCGCCGCGCUGCCUGGCCGCCGCCGCCGCGCUGUACCGCGCCGCGCCCGUGCCCGCCGCGCCCGUACUGCCGCCGCUACUGCUGGCCUUACACUCUGCAGUCCAGAACUUCGGUCAGGACAAACGACGCAAGACAGCUGAACAAAUGGAGGAGACCGCACAGAUCUCAUCGCUGUUAUUGCAGUCUUCAGAACAGUUGCCAACUGGGAAAUCAGUUACACCAACCCCGAGCACCUCUCAUCAAGUUCAAGAGAGGGUUGACGGAGAAGAAGAGGAUCAAUCAAGCGGGGAGGAGGGUGAUAUGAAUAAUCUAUCUGAAUCACACGAGAAUAGCGACAGUGAUAGAUCUCCUUCUAGCCUACAGCAACAUAUCCUCACGAAGAGAGAUAUAGGGUCCAACAGCAAGCUGGAUAACCUACUUCGUAAACAAACAGCGCAUUUCAAGGCUUUUAUGAGAGCUGUACUGAAUACAGGGUUACCGUUAGCUAGAGAAGAUCCCGAGGCGUACAAAGAGUUCUGGGAGACUCUGCCCAAAGUAUUGGAGACAUUCCUCUUCGAGCCACCCGUGGGUGGUGGCCAGGCGGCGCGACAGUUGGUGGUGGCGCUGCGAGAGCAGGCGCUGCGCGCGCGUCCCCGCCUGCCGCCGCCGCUGCUGCGCGCGCUGCUCGCGCUCUGGCCCCGCCUGCCGCCGCCGCUGCUGCGCGCGCUGCUCGCGCUCGUGCGCGCCGGCUCGCUGCACGCGCAGCCCGCCCCCCCCAUACGUACGUACCCACUCUGCCUCACGUUACUAGUGGCCCCGCCUGCCGCCGCCGCUGCUGCGCGCGCUGCUCGCGCUCGUGCGCGCCGGCUCGCUGCACGCGCAGCCCGCCCCCCCCAUACGUACUGGCCCCGCCUGCCGCCGCCGCUGCUGCGCGCGCUGCUCGCGCUCGUGCGCGCCGGCUCGCUGCACGCGCAGCCCGCCCCCCCCAUACGUACGUACCCACUCUGCCUCACGUUACUAGUGGCCCCGCCUGCCGCCGCCGCUGCUGCGCGCGCUGCUCGCGCUCGUGCGCGCCGGCUCGCUGCACGCGCAGCCCGCCCCCCCCAUACGUACUGGCCCCGCCUGCCGCCGCCGCUGCUGCGCGCGCUGCUCGCGCUCGUGCGCGCCGGCUCGCUGCACGCGCAGCCCGCCCCCCCCAUACGUACGUACCCACUCUGCCUCACGUUACUAGUGGCCCCGCCUGCCGCCGCCGCUGCUGCGCGCGCUGCUCGCGCUCGUGCGCGCCGGCUCGCUGCACGCGCAGCCCGCCCCCCCCAUACGUACUGGCCCCGCCUGCCGCCGCCGCUGCUGCGCGCGCUGCUCGCGCUCGUGCGCGCCGGCUCGCUGCACGCGCAGCCCGCCCCCCCCAUACGUACGUACCCACUCUGCCUCACGUUACUAGUGGCCCCGCCUGCCGCCGCCGCUGCUGCGCGCGCUGCUCGCGCUCGUGCGCGCCGGCUCGCUGCACGCGCAGCCCGCCCCCCCCAUACGUACUGGCCCCGCCUGCCGCCGCCGCUGCUGCGCGCGCUGCUCGCGCUCGUGCGCGCCGGCUCGCUGCACGCGCAGCCCGCCCCCCCCAUACGUACGUACCCACUCUGCCUCACGUUACUAGUGGCCCCGCCUGCCGCCGCCGCUGCUGCGCGCGCUGCUCGCGCUCGUGCGCGCCGGCUCGCUGCACGCGCAGCCCGCCCCCCCCAUACGUACUGGCCCCGCCUGCCGCCGCCGCUGCUGCGCGCGCUGCUCGCGCUCGUGCGCGCCGGCUCGCUGCACGCGCAGCCCGCCCCCCCCAUACGUACGUACCCACUCUGCCUCACGUUACUAGUGGCCCCGCCUGCCGCCGCCGCUGCUGCGCGCGCUGCUCGCGCUCGUGCGCGCCGGCUCGCUGCACGCGCAGCCCGCCCCCCCCAUACGUACGUACCCACUCUGCCUCACGUCAGGAAUGGUUGGGCCUCCGAAAACGAACAAGAGUUGAAAGAGAGAGAAGAGUUUGCGCGGACGUGUUUUGAGACCCUCCUGCAGUACUCCAUGCUUGAGGAUAUCGACUCAUUCGCUGGAGUUGAAGAUGACGCAGAUCCCUUAGCGAUAGUAGCCCUCUUAGAUAGAUUCCACGAGGUCAUAUCGAAAUACACACAGGACGAAGAUAACUCCGAGCCACUGCCCAGGCAUCAGCUAUCAGAGAUAUCUUUCGUGCUGAAGGCAGUGGCGACCCUCACAGACUCGAUGAAGAAGGCACCCCCAGGGAAGGUAGACGCCGUCGCAUGGCAGAAGUUAAUAGGGCUGUACCCUCAGCUGGUGGUGCUGGCGGCGAGCGGUCGCGCGGGGGGCGCGGGCGGCGGCGGGGGCGGCGCGCUGCGCGAGGCGCUGCUGCAGUACGAGGCGCUGCUGCAGGCGCCGCCGCAGCUAUAG